CGACAGCGAAGAAGAAAGAAGGCGUUUGUUAUUGACAGCGCGCGAAAGAAAAAUGGCGGAACAACAAAUUGAGAGGUCCCACAGAGACGACGGGUUUCACUCGGGGUCAGAGGACGUUUCACAAGGGACCAAAAGACAGUUAGACAGAACCCAGAGUCCAGAACCUUCACCCAAGUCUCCUCGCACUUCAUCUCCCCCUGCGGUCGUCGCUGUUUCAGAAGAGAACCAGCCGGAAGACGGAGAUUCAGCAGCUCACGCUGACGUCGUGCAGACAGAGACGAUGACUGAAGCCUGUGCUGCUCCUGAUCUCAGCCCUCGCUCCCGGAGAAAAUCCUGGAGGAGGUCGACUCGAGGCAGGGCGUCUCUCCCGUCCCUCCCCAGCACCUCCCAGUCUCUGUGUAAAUCCAUCAGUCUGGACCUGAGUGAUGAAGAGAGGCUGGAGAAACUCAUGGAAGCUGCAAUGCAGGUUACAGUGAAGAGGCUUCGAAACACACUGCGUACCAUCCCCGGUGCUGAUUUGGAGGCAUUUCAAACCCAAGUCGACUCCCUGCAGACUGAGUGGGCCAGUACGGCUAAAACCAUCAGUGAGGAAGGUCCGCUGUCGUUCUCCAGCACCAGCAGCGAUCCUGCUAUCCAGAAAGCCAUCGAGCGUGCGAAGGAGAACCUGAACAGGUUGCAGGCUGAGAGUUUGUCCUGGGAAUCACUCCUAAAUAAACAUCGCUCCAGAGCGGAGGAGCUGGCCAAAAGAGUGGAGGAAGGACAGGAGAGAGGUGUGAGUCUGGACCCGUCCUGCGUCGCUCGGUCCUCUCAGUGCAAACUGAUCCUGAAUAAACCCGAUUACAACACGGUGCUGCAGAGACAACAGAGAGUCCUCCACACUAUGGAUCUGGUGUUGGAGUCUCAGUGCAUGAUGAUGAAGGCACUCCUGUCCUUCCAGAAGGAUUCGCAGUUACUGGUGAAGGAGACCAGCUCACGAUUAGCUCACAGCGCUGGAUUCCAGGAUCUCCCAUCAUCCCCAGUGAAGACUCUCCUUAACCUCCCUCAGUCUGCUACUUCAUCUUAGUUACGGUUUCCACGACGUUGGUUUCUACGACCCGUCUGCGUUACCGGGACGACGAGUACGCUUACGACACGCAGAUAAUCUCCCAAACUAUUUUUGUUAAUUAAUUAAGCGCAAACUAAACAUCAUGUAACCUGUAAAUACUUUUAGUCCCAUUAGCUCUUCUUGUUCAGUGACACUCACGAUACUCAGAACGCUGUUAUAUACCGUAGUCGCAUCAUGGUAUCGGUAUCGUGUCAGCGUAUUAUCCGGCCGUUGCCUGUUCUCCGUGUGUCUGUUUCUUUUCUCUCGACUCUGUAGUUAAAUCAUUUUAAAGGUGUCACGUUGAGAGCUGAAGGCUUUGCUGUUUAAAAUGGAGCAUCAUUGCCAGUGUCAUCUGUUUCCUAAAUGUGUUACAUAAUUAUAUACUCAUUAUAACAGCAGGUAAUCAUUACCAGAGAUAAAUUGCAGCGGCAUUUUUAAUGAAUACGCUUCAGCCUGAUUUGGCCACUAGAUGGCAGUGUGUUUCAUUUAUAACCAAACGAUACAAAUCCAUAUUUCAUGUGACUUGUUUAUCCGAGUUCCCAUACUGUAGGUUUUGGAUGAGAUACUGAAAUAAUUAGAUUUUUACCAUGAUAUUAAACUGCUUGACGUU